AAGGUGUGGGACCUGUGGGACCUGUAGUCUCAGUUCGAUUCAAACGCCCAAUGUGGUCGUGGGAAAGACAGCAAGACAAUUUUUGGCUUUGCGCAAAUUUACCCAUCACCAAUUACUCUUCGGUCAUUGGUCAUCCCCUAUGUGGGCCCAUCGAAAUUUAGACCCUAUUAUAAGCGCCAUGUUCCUGUGUUCGAUCUCUACGCAUUUCAUCUAUCAACGUCGGCAACAAAUCGAAGAGAAACAACAGCUUGUUGCUCAGAAAAGUAUCCUGAGUGGGAUACACCGUCGCUUGAAGGCUGGGGAGCGUGUAGAUGCCUCCGAAUAUUCCAGGCUGAUGGCUCUGGCAAGCAAGCCAGAAGCUGGGCCUCAAGGCGCGUCGCCAAUCAAGCCCACGGACCCAAGUUACGGCGAAACUCUAGUCGCCAGCCUUAGUAGCUUUUUUGGAGACCGGAAGGUUUCUAAGGAAGAAUCAGACAAAAUGGACGAAGCGGUAUGGCGUGAAUGGGAACAAGUCAUGGAAAGGGAAGAGAAAGAGCACGGGACUGGGAAACCCCUUGCCAAAGCGAAAAACCCAGUUCUAGUGGCUGCGCCACUCAUUCAUGCAGAGCGCUUUGGCACCGAGUCACCGCCACAUUCCGCCACUUCUCCCACACCGGCAGAUAGAAAGAGCGCGUACUAUGUAUGAUCUUGUGCGAUUACAUUCACACAUCCCUCUAGUACAUGCUGAGCAAUUUUGCUUUAUCUCAAACAAUUUACGAAUUCACGAGCUUACCAAAAAUACCACUCAGUGAUGAA